CUCACAGGUAAUGCCAGACUCCUGUGGCUUCUGUUUUGUAACUAUAGUGAGGAAAUAUUUCCCCUCGGUCCAUAAUUCCACUUCAUAGCCCACAUGGAUUCCUAUAAUUUCCACUUCGAGAGGAUGAGCAACCUUGACCUACACCCUCUGAGUCUCCCGGUCAGUCGACUCUCCCCGGCCAAGUCCAGUAGCAGUAUUGAUCAGUAUACCCACCACCACGGCAAAGGGGACUCAGCCUAUAGCUCAUUCUCUGGUGGCUCCACGGUCCCCGAUUACCCUUCUCCUUUUCUCCUGGAUGAAAUCCAGUCGCAAAGCUUGCACUACACCGAUCUGAAAUGCGUGAGAGCUAAAUAUAGCCCAACCUGUCUUGAUUCAGAUUCCAAGAGCAUGGACCACAUUUACCGUUCGAUGGACACUGUUGCACAACAGCAUCGCAGGAGCAGCGUUGACUUUUCUAGCAUUGGAAAUCCGUCAGUUCAUAAGCAUCCCUUACCACCCCCACCACCUCCUACCCGUCUGAACAGUUUCGUAACAACCAGGAAUCUUGAAAACUCAAGGGCACGUCAGAGUCCAGAAGGACAGCUUGCUGAUGUUUCUACUUUACAGCAGACCGUUAACCCAGAGGUCUCUGGUGUCCGGACUGAACCUGUCCAUGGUCGUGCAUUUUCACAGCUUAAAGAUCACCUCAAGCAAGAACCAGUGGACAAGAUCCUUGAUCCACCAAAGCCUAGAGGGAUUACAAAUAGAUCACCCCUGCAAACAUGUCAACCAGAUUACUUGAGUGGCCAUUCAGAAAAUCAACGAAAAAGGUCGCAUUCAGCUUACGGUGGACCCGUUUCUGGGAAUCAGUGUUUCGUCAGCUCCUGCCGUAUGCCACAGAACAUGAUCAGUGGGAGUAUUCAGCACAAAGGACAAUUUUAUUUUGUAACUGGUGUCUUCAAGUCCUCUGAGCCCAGUGUCAUGCAAGGUGUUGUUGAAGACAGUGCAAGCGUGGACACCUCUAGUGAGUGGUCAUAUAAAGCUCAGCGUAGAAGGCAGAGCUGCCCAGAUGGUCCGAGUGGGAAGCUGUUCUUUCAAGAGGAACACAAAUUCAGCAUUCAGAAUGAAGUUGUCGAGCAUCCUAAUAACAAGGCUAUUAAGUCCGAGGAGACUUGUGAAGGUGUAGAGGACCAGAGGGUCAUGAGUAGAGAAACUGGCAUGCAUCACUCCACUAGCCACCCUAUCUUCUACUGUGGUCCCGAGGACAAGUCAGUUAGUACAGUAAUCACCCCUGCUCUAAUUAAGGAAGACCCUACCAGUCAUCCCAAGAAAGAAGAAGAGAUGACCAGAGAUUCAAGAUGGCCCCAACUUAAUAUUCCAAGUGACAAGAUCAGCAAGGAGACUACCCCACUUUUGUAUCACCUCACAGGAGCGAACAGGGCAUCAUAUACAGACAAGUUCAAAAACAAUAAUGAUUGUGGUAAGGUGAUCAAGAAUCAAGACUCUGUAAAAGAUAAACAGAAAGCUGAAAAUGAUGGGCAAGCCGCUCCCAGCGGCGAAUAUCGGCAGAGUGAAGUCCCUAAAGAUCAACCAAAUGAAUUCUUCUACCCUUGUGGUACGUUAGAUGACUCCUACAAAAAGUAUUACAAGGAGAAACUGAAAGAUGCCCAAUCCAAGGUUUUGAGGGAGACUUCUUUUAAAAGGAGAGAUUUGCAACUUUCUCGGCCACACAGGAUCAAGCUACAGACAGACAAGAAUCUUUCUGUUGUACCUGCUGGUUCUCCAUCACUAGACGAACGGCCCAACUUGGACAGUCCCAGUCCUCAAGAAGCAGAUCAGGAGUACAUGAAAGAGCUUGGUCAGGAGAUCGACAAGAUAAUUGCAAAGGAAACCGAGAAGCCGCAGAAUAUUGCUCAACCACAGGUGCCUCGGGUAGGGUGUAGAAAGCGUUUGACGGCAGAUCAGAAAAAACUGUCUCACUCUGAGCCGGAGAAGCUGCACCAGCUGGCAGAUGGACCGGCUCAUAUGACAUGCCUCUCUCUUGACAACGAAGCUGAAGGUCUUCUUUCAGAGAGCGAUCACGGUCUAGUGGCUGCCAGGCGGAAGAUGUUUGAAACACGGGGCCGUGCAAUGUCCGCCUCCAACUUCUCAAAAUCAACUCUGAAGCACCUUCAGCAGAAAGCCUUGGUUGCGUACAUGGAACGUAAAACUGGUCAAAAGGUAGCGGAGCCCCAGCAUCCAGUUCCACAAGUUCCCAUACACAGAAAUUCAACUUCGGAGUGGAGCUCCAGACAUAAUUCUGGUUCCACGAAGAACCUCCACAGGCCUCUCUCUGCAGGCCAAAUUCUUGACUCUGUGUCAAGUUCUGGUAAAUACACCCAGUUCACCACUGCUCAGCCCAGCUGUCACUCAAGGCAGUCCAGCUGGAGAGAAGAGUACUCGAAAGCAGGCUAUUCAGCCUCCGUGGAGAGUCUCCUGGACCCGCCUGAACAACCCAAGUUCCCACGGACUCGCAGCACCUCCACCCCCCAUGCUUUCCAGGUUCGGAAACAUCUGGAUGAGUUGUCAGCCAUUCAUAACAUGGCUAUUUCAAGUGCUCAAAGAAAAGUAGAAGAUACACUAGUCCAUCAUAGUCGUACAGCAUCGGUCCAUGAUGAGCGGCGGGUACAAGUCAGAGCGCCCAGAGGGAAAUCUAUGGAGGAACUUGGUGUGUCCAUUAUCACGAAACCUGACGUUCUCAGCAAAAGUUCUGAGCAGCUUGACCAACUUCAGGGCGAGCAGGCCAUGCCCGGUGCAGAGAAGAGAACGGUGUCGGUUCUUGCUGAAGGAAGGCACACACCGAGGAAGAUUGUCCGCGCCGGAGAACACACGGAUAACUCUCAGGCAGGCCCUGGGAACCCACUCCUAACCAAUUCUGCAAAGCAUUCAUCCUCCAAUGAUGAUGAAAUCCAUAUAGCUUCACACAAUGGACGUAAACAUAAAGUUGACACUGUUCUGUCCAUGCCUGGUCACUCCACUGGACCUGGUGGAAUCAUGCUGGAAGUCAGCAAGGAGCAGGAGGAUUUUUCUCCAGAUAAGAGUAAAUCAUCAGUCUCCAGUCAAGAGGUUCCUCUCCUUCAUGGAGUCAGAACAGAUCCUAGUCUAUGGACCUCGACUUCUGAGGCAAAGUGUUCAUCUCCUGAAACGCCAAGGUUUCCUGAACCCCAAAACGCACCACCUGACCCGUAUGGUGCGACUGAAACCAUACCCAUCACAACACCACCUGGCAUUCAAGAGUCCAGCCUGGCACCUGCACUUAACGGGGAACAAGACCGGAAUAUAAAGGAGGAAGACGGCCCUCUUGUGAUUGAAAACAGGGACAAACUCAAGUGGGAGGUGCUUGUUCAGGAAGUGGUCUCAGCUGACCAAUCAUUAGCUCGCACCCUUUACCCUAUAACCAAUAGGAAGACAGCACUCAUGCUGAUGGAGCAGCUGUUAUCUGAAGAUAAUCUUCUAAUGGAGGAGCACUACAAGAAAAAACAGGGGCAGGCGGUUAAUAACCCAGAAACAGCUGCGCACAGCACUGAGACGCCAGUUCGUGCCAAACCGUGGAUCCUUCCGUCAUCUGUGAACAAUGAGUCCGUUCUCUCAAACCAAAAAGAAGAGCUGUGCAACACAGAAAUGGAUAUCAUCGAGAAGAAGAGAUGGCUGAUAGCGCGUAUAGAGGAGCGUUUGAAGUGUGUGGAGGAGGUCCGGUCCGGCGUCCAGGGCGAGGCGAAGGCGAACGGUGUGUGUGGCGAGGCUAUGGAGGCUCUGGUGCGGGAGAGCUGUGUGCCAGCCGAGCUCGAGCGAUACACACAGUUUAUAGGAGACCUGGAGCGGGUGGUGAGUCUUCUUCUCUGCCUGUCGGCUCGUCUGGCCCGCGUGGAGAACGCCCUCAGCGCUGCGGACGACAACAUGGACACCGAGGAGAAGCAAUCGCUGGACAACCGCUACCGUCUCCUGUGCAAACAGAGGGAGGACGCCAAAGACCUGAAGGACAACCUGGACCGUCGGGAGCGCCUGGUCUCCAGCUUUCUGUCCAAGCACCUGACGGACACACAGAUGCAGGAGUACCGGCUCUUCAUUCAGACCACAGCCUCCUUACUCAUCCGCCAGAAAGACCUGGAGGAGAAGCAGCGUUUAGGAGAGGAGCAGCUCGAGGCCUUGCUCAGCACUAUCCCAGCUCCAUGAGAACAACUCCAGACAUCUGCCUUUUCAUGUGUUUUCCUGAGACUGGUAAUGCUUUGAAACACCAUAGAGGCUUUCGCACCGGAG